UUCAUUUAUUCAUUCAUUCAUUUCCCCGGCAUUCGGCUCCAGCGUGCCAGUUAGUCCUCACUCUUCAGUGCGCAGGCGCAGAAUGGGGAGGAGGAGAAGAAUCUUCCAAUCACCGGCCGCAAUUAGGGCCCCUCCACCACUCGCCCCGCUUCCCCAUGAAUGAACAUUGACGUCAAUCGGGCGGAGAGGACCCCCCCACGUGAUUCACUGGCUCCCCUUUAUAAAGAGGUGGGGCGGGCGCUGUCCAGCGUGCUGAAUCCUGGGGCGAGAGCGAGCGAGCGAGACAGAGUCUACCACGCAAAGAGAGACCUGCCAGAAUCUGACCGAGGCGACUGAACGCUGGACAGGGACAGCAACUUGGAGCAUCCGUGCUCUCUUUUCUCGCAACCCCGACCCUCAUCUUCUCCCACUCCACGAAUCCCAGCUGCCCCUGGAAACCACCCUUCUCCCAGGCUCAGCCAUGAGGUUCCUACAGCUGCCCGCUGCCUUCCUCUUCUGCCUCUUGCUUCUGCUGGGCAGUCUUCAAGCAGCACCCUCGGGGCGCCCGGAUCGGUCGCUUCCCAUAUCUGAACACGAAAACUUGGCAAAUGUAGGAGGGAAGCCAGGGGAAAGAGAAAACCUAGAUCAAGAGAUAAGGGAGGAAAGAAGCCCAGAAAGAGAGCCUGAGGAAGAAGAUCUGUUUCAGGGAGUAGAUCCACGGGCGCUGGCCGCGGUCCUGUUACAGGCGCUGGAUCAUCCCGCCUCACCCCCAGUUCCAGGGGUCUUGCAGCAGCAGCAGCAGCAGCACAGCNCAGAGGCUUUGCUAACAGAAACCGUGCGUAGCCAGACCCACAGCCGCCCAGCCCCAGAGAUACAGGUACCUCCGACGCAUUCCCGUAUUCCAGAGGAGCGCAGCUCGGAGGGUUCUGACCCUGCCGAGGAACUGGAGGCACUUGAGUCCUUGCUCCAGGAACUACGCGCUUUCAGCCCAGGGAACGCUAAGCGAGAGCCCGAAGCUGCUGCAGCUGAGGCGGAAACGCAUACCCAUACACUGACCCGGGUCAACCUGGAGAGUCCAGGGCCUGAGCGCGUAUGGAGGGCCUCCUGGGGAGAGUUUCAGGCGCGUGUCCCUCCCCCACCCCCAUUUCCUAGGCAGUUCCAGGAGCAAUUGCCUGAGGGCGUGUCCCUCCCUGAGGUGCGCCAGAGUGAGGGCGAGCCUGUUCUAAAAACACGCCAGGGAGAGAGCAUCGCGCCUCUCUACCAGGCGCGCCAGAUCGAGAGUGCACCUUUCUCCAAAACGCACCGCCCAGAAAGUGCAGCCAUGAGUAGGCUUGCUGCUGGAGGGCGCCUCCUGCAACGGGGGUUGGCUCAGGUAGAGGCAGGUAGGCGGCAGGCUGAGGCUACGCGGCAGGCUGCAGCCCAAGAGGAAAGACUGGCCGAUCUUGCCUCAGAUCUGCUGCUCCAGUACCUGCUGCAAGGCGGGGGUGGAGACUUGGAGCGAGGUGUGGGGGACCGGGGACUGCAGGGGGAAGGUGAGGAGGAGAGAGAGAGGGAAAGGGAGGAAGAAGAGGGAGAUAUCCGAGGUGGGGAGGAGGAAGACGAGCAGGGGGACGAGGAAGACGCUGAGGCAGAGGCUGAGGAGGUUGAGAGGGGGCGACAGAAUGCAUUGCUAUUCGCAGAGGAGGAGGAGGGGGAAGCUGGGGCUGAGGACAAGCGCUCCCAAGAGGAGACACCGGGUCAAAAGCGAAAGGAGCAAGCGGAGGGAGAAGGGGAGGAAGAUGAAGAGAUGGACCCACAGACUAUCGACAGUUUGAUCGAGCUGUCCACUAAACUACACCUGCCGGCCGACGAUGUGGUCAGCAUCAUUGAGGAGGUAGAGGAGAAGCGUAAGCGGAAGAAGAACGCCCCUCCUGAGCCACUACCUCCCCCUCGGGCCCCCCCUGCACCUACCCACUUUCGCUCCCCUAAGCCCCCACCACCUCCAUCUUUCCCCGCUCAGGAUGAUCUGCAGGAUUGGAAUGAGGUACUCCCGCCCUGGGAUCGGGAGGAGGUUUUCCCUCCCGAGCCCAACUACCCCUUUCCUAACUACAUCCAGCCCCGGACACUCGUCCCACCUCUUUCUUCCCCGACCCGCCGCCACCACUACCACGCACAGCCCGCAGAGGGGUCGCGAUACCACUUCGGCCUGGGUCCACAAGGGCAGCGGGGCGAGGAGGAGGAGAGGCAGCAGCAGGAGGAGGAGCUGGAGAAUUAUAUUGAGCACGUGCUGCUCAGACGCCCCAGCCUGUUCCCGUGACUCCGCUUUCCCACUCGUGACGGUCUCUUCUCUCUUCCCUUGUGCGAACCUCCCUAAGCCUCCCUGUGUUGCUCUUCAGUGUUCUGCAUGCGGUCCCCGACCUUUUUUUGUGGGGUGAGGGAAGUCCCACCCACCUUGUCUCAGCUAACCUGGCCCCACCUACUACUCUAAGUCCUGCCCUUUUUCCCUUUAACCAUCUUGGUGGGAGACAAAUACCCUACACUCACGGUGGAGAAAAGAAUGGGUGGAUCUGGGCGUUGAGAAGAAAAUAGCCUAAGGGGAGUGGGAAGGAGCACGAGUCCCCAAACUCGAGAGGGCAGAAGUCUCCUGUGUCCUAACUCCACCCACCAGUGACGUAGCAAAGAAGCAGUUGAAAUGGGACUGUACAGAUCUGCUCUACACACGUCUCCCCAUCGGGGCCCAGUUCCCUUUCCCUGUGCCUUCCUAUGCCUCUCUACCCUUUUUUUCCAUCACUAAACAAUAAUAAUAAUAAAAAGCAAACAAAAAAACUAACAAAAAAACUAACAAACAAAAAACCAACCUUACCAGUUGUGUUGAAGCCGCGUGAAUCGCAGCCCAUCCCCGACCCUAGGGUUUUCCCAAGACCCUGAUCCACUCUCCCCAAACUCAGAAAACUAAACCCCUUUCUUCCCUUCUCUGUUGUAAAUACCCCUCACGGGGAAAAUAGUUUUGCUAAGAAAUAAAAGUGACUAUUUUAUUAGGA